AUGAAUUUCUACGUUAAGUGUGUGACAACUUUCCUAAUCAUCAGUGCAACAACAGAAGCUUCAAAUGAAGAAAAUUUCUUCGAUAGAGGCUAUAGAUCUUUAUAUCGAGUUUAUGAAGAAUGUCAACUGCGUAGUGGUGGAUUAUCACCAUGCUUGAAGAAAAAAGCUAUAACAUUCUUUGAAAGACUUGGAAGAAUUGAUAAUCUUCCUAUAUCUGAUAAUCUGGAGUUAGUUAAAGUACCUGACAGCAUUAAUAACACUUCAAUCAAUUAUCCAAAUGAUGUGGAAAGUCUUGGACGAGCUGGUGCAUCAAGGGACGAAAUAUUAAAUGAUAUUUUGUUCGAUAGAGUUGCCAAUUUAAUGAAUGGAUUUAAUGUUAAGAUUAGUUUACCAAAAACAACACCUGGUGAACUUAAAAGAAGCAUGGAAGAGGGUCGUGGGAAAAUGAAGAAGAUGAUGGGGAUGAUGAUGAUGGGAAUGGCAAUGAAAAUGGCAGCAUUAAUCCCAAUUGCAAUGGGAGUUUUAUUCCUGCUGGCAGGAAAGGCUCUAAUCAUCAGUAAAAUUGCUUUGGUUCUAUCAAUGAUUAUUGGAUUGAAGAAACUCUUGAGUCAGAAGCAAGAUCAUGGCAGUUCUCAUGGUGGAUGGCAAAGCAGCGGUGGAGGCGGAGGCUGGGAUCGGAGUUUAAAAGACAUCACCAACCUUGAAACUACUGAAUCGAACCAGAAAAUUGCUCAAAACCUUGCUUACAGUGCACAAAAACCUCAAUAA